AGGAAACAAAAUCUUCACACUGUAAAAGACUAAAGCCAGUAAGUAUGUCAGUGGUAUAGGACGAGUUCAGCUGUUCAGAUCUGCUGAAGGAUCCAGUGACUCUUCCCCGUGGACAUAGUUUCUGUAUGGUAUGUAUUAACUGGUUCUGGGAUCACCUCAAGACCUGCCAUGAGUAAAAAAAACAGGCUGAUGGUGGAGAAACUGAAGAAGACGAGACUCCAGGCUGCUCCUCCUGAUCACUCUUCUGCUGAUCCUGAAGAUGUGGAGUGUGAUUUCUGUACUGGGAGAAAACACAAAGCCGUCCAGUCCUGCCUGGUGUGUCUGGCCUCUUACUGUGAAGCUCACCUCCAGCCUCACUACCAAUCUCAAGCCUUUCAGAAGCACAAGCUGGUCAAAGCCUCCAGACGACUCCAGGAGCAGAUCUGCUCUCAGCACGAUAAACUGCUGGAGGCUUACUGUCGCACCGACCAGCAGUCUAUCUGCAUGCUGUGUAUGCUGGAUAACCAUAGAGGACAUGAUACAGUGUCACUUGCAGCAGAAAAAUCUGAGAAACAGAAGAAGUUGGAGUGGACCAGAAGGGAGUACCAGAUAAAAAUCAGGAGAGGAUAG